AUCAGGUUAGUCAGUUGAAACCUGUAAUGUUAUUUUAAAUUUGUUACUUAAUUGUUUUAUUUUAAUAUAUUUUUUGCAUUUUAUAAAGUGGUAAAUAAUCUUUUAUCAGUAUUAAAAAGUCAUAGUAGAUAGCUUCAAAAUAAAAAUGAUAAAAUCAAACAUUUUGGUUUCAUUAGUAAUAUUUUCAACAAUAUUCAUACAAGCUCAAUCUUACUUAUUAUGCUACCAAUGUGUUUCAACACAUCCUGGUUGUGGCACACCAUUUAAGUGGUAUUGGUUUAAAACAAUUUCAUGCCCUGAAGAAGAUGAUAUAUGCGUAAAAGUUAUUGAAAGGAUUGGAGAUGAAGAACGUAUUACUCGUGAUUGUUUGAGUUCAUUAAAAGGUUUUCGAACAGAUAUUCCAGCUGAUAAAUAUGAAGGUUGUAGAAAAAAUUCUGUUGAUGUUAAAUUAGGCAACUAUGUGAAUAAUUCAAUAACUGAACUGGAUAUUAAAAGAGAUUAUUAUGAUUCAACAACAUGGUGCUUUUGUUAUUUUGACCAUUGGUGUAACUCAGCUAAUUUAUCUACAUCUUCUAAUUUGCUUAUUGUUUUGAUAAGCAUAUUUUUUUUUAUUCGUAGUAUUAAUCAGUGAUUAAGUUUUUUAAAAUUUUUUAAAAUGCGUUUAUAC